AUCGAAGCAUCGAUCGUCGUUAUACAACGCUUCGUGCUUCCACCGCGCCAAUCCCCACCAUGCAGCAGCAGAGCAGCGCUCAGAGCCGUGGAGUGCGUCCAUCAUGCUAUACAUGCUUCUCACACGCCGUCACAUCCCAGAGCAAGCAGCUAGACCCAUGAUCACAUCUCACGAGUCCCGAGUCACGAGAGUCGGAAGCAAACUUAUCUCCGAGGUGUUUCACGCUCCUGGCCCGAAUCAAGAAUAAUCACGAAUCAUUGACGAGCGCGCAAGUCAGCUGGCAGCCCUGCCUUUGCUUCACAAACCCCAACCAAGCAAUCUUGAAUGAUUACGAAUCGACCACGCACACCAAGGCGUACACUUGCUGUUUGGGCUCUUCCGAGCCAGGGUGAUGGCAGCAAUACGGCAGGGGCGCAAGCAGAUCAGCUCACCGCAAGCAUCCACUCUGGACGAGGACGAUGCGUCCAGUAUCACUGCUAAUUGCAAGACUCGCUCAACAGUCGAAGCAGCAAUUCGAGCCGACGCUGAUGGCAAACAUGAAGGCUGUGAAGAAGAGACAAAUCAUCAGCUGCACUCUCCUCAUCGCGAGUGGCGUGGUCUCUUGACGCUCUCUGCACUCGCCCUCGCUGCUGCUCUUCUCAUAGUCUCCCUGGGGGCUCGUCCGGGCUCGAUCUACGAGUCAAAAAGAUGGCUGAACAGAUCUCAGCCUGUGCUGUCGAAUGGCACUCAUUCUUGGCAUCGCACUGUGCUCCUUCUUUCUCUUGAUGGGGUGCGGCCAGACUAUAUCGCACCCUCGAGUGGCGGCAUUAGCAGUUCAGCGUUGCCAGACAGGGAAGAAGUGUCUCCGACUACCAGGUCGCUGCUUCCCACGCUGUCGAGGAUGCACGCCUCUGGCAAAGCUCUUCUGGCCGAGUACAUGCUGCCCGUCAUGCCGAGUCUAACAUUUCCCAAUCACUGGUCGAUCUUGACGGGCCUGACACCCUUGUCGCACGGGAUCGUUGCCAAUGACUUCCAUCUUAUCGAAGAUGAAUCUGCUCCCCGCAAUGCUCCAUACUUGCCUCGGCAAUUCUACUACACUCGACCUGAGCAGUCGUGGGAUGGAGCUUGGUGGUACGGCAGCCCGAUUUGGGAAGUCGUACAGAAUGCAGGAAGAAGAGCGGCCGUCUUGAUGUGGCCAGGUCCACCCGUGACGCGUGAUGGCGUCUCUCCUGAUUUGUUCCAAAAGUACGAAAAGGGUUGGUCACCUCAACGGCGUCUUGACAAGAUGGUCGAAUGGCUCUAUUUGCCGACCAAAGAACGACCAGAGCUGGUGUGCGCAUACGUGCCGGACAUCGACGCUGUCACACAUCGCAAAGGGCCCGACGCCCGCAUCGACGCAGUCGCCGAUGCUUUCAAGCGAGUCGACGAAUUUCUAACCUCGCUACUUAGAUCUAUAGACCGGAUCAACGCUACAGACCUGAUAGACGUAGUGAUCGUGUCAGACCACGGCAUGACUACAACUUCCAAUGAGCGUUUAGUCUACCUCGACGAAGUUCUAGGAGAAGACCUGUACGACCAGAUCACUUACCAGGAUGGCUGGCCGCACGUGGGCCUGCAUUUCAGCGAUGUGAGCGCAGAAACGGAGGCAAUCGCAAUCUUGGAGCUGGCCCAAACACGCAUUGGCAAUGGCAGCGCCUUUGAAGUGGUUGACAGAGAAAAUCUACUUCGGAAGUGGGGUUGGCUAGCUUUUGGGCCUUCGAUGUCUGCCAGGGGCGUCCCCACAGCAGACGAACUCACGAGUCGUCGUCGGUUGAUCCUUGAAGAUCGAAUGGCCAAGUUUUGGAUUGUGCCUGCAAAUGGCUGGGCCAUUACAUCACGAAAGGAGAUGUCUGGCUUUAGCGAUGGCGUCUACGAACCUCGAGGAAACCAUGGCUACUCCACCAACGCUUCAGACAUGCGCGCGAUAUUUUUCGCCACUGGUCCAUCAUUCAGAUUGCCCGUAGGCGGUCAACAUCGCAAGACCGCCGAGUGUUCGGCUCGACCAGAUUCUCAUGAGCGGUCCUUGAUGCCUCCAUUGCGCAAUUUGGAAGUGCACAAUCUCAUCGCUGACAUUCUUCGAGUGCCGCCGAACAGGCGAAAAUACACCGAGGGCACACCUGAUUUUUGGCGCCCUUACCUCCGUGCGCUCUCGUGAUUCACGCGACGAGCUGGCGGUUCCCGCUACCAUGCAAUCCGGCUCCUCAGCUUCCAUGAGUUAUGCUUUGCAUACCAGGAAUUGUAUAGCUUGAGCUUGUGAUGAAUAUAUCGUGCUUUGCGGUCC